UGUAUAUAAUUGGGAUACUAAAUAUGGGAAAUACCUGAAUGAAGGAUGCUUCAGUGGAAGCUGAAGUUGAGAUGGGUUCAAAAAAUACUACCAGAACCGAAAGAAAAGACCAUACAGCUGUGAAGAAACUAAGAAGGAAGCCUAAGCUAAUCUUUGACUCUCUAAUCACAGAAGAUACAUUAAAUUCAGCAAAGAAAGUGAGGUUCGACAGCGAAGAAGAUUCAUCAGACAGUGAUGCAAUCCCAUCUCUCUUAACAGGAAAUUUAUUGAGCAAGAGUAGCAAAAGAGUCAUCAAGAAGGGGAAGGAAACCCUUGCCAAACAGGAGAAUUUUAAUUUUAAUCUUGAUUAUCUUCAUUCAAAUGUGAGGGAAAUCCUAAACCCAUACAACCCAUUCAGCUUAAAGACUCUGAAUAGAAAAGAGCUGAAUAAAUUUGAUAGCUCAAAGAAAUCUCAAAGAGAAGUCAAGUCUUUAAGUGUCUUGGCAGAUGGUUCUAAAUACAUAGGCGAAUUUCUGCCAAAAACCACCAUCAAAGAUGGUAUUGGAUGUCUGAUCAAUUCAGACGGAUCUAUAUUUGAAGGAUCCUUCCGAAAUGAUUUACCUUAUAAGGGGAGAUACAUCCUCAUAUCAGGAAAGAUUCUUGAAGGAAGAGUCAAGAAUUUCCCAUAACCUGAUUAAGACAGCAAUAGCUUGAUGAAAUAGAAGCAUUCAUCUCUAGUGCACACCAAGGAACUCCAUAUUCCUAAAUU